UUCCUGCUGUCUCCUCCUCACAACACUUCCCCACCUUCUCCCUUAUCUCCAGAGCUUCUUCUUUCUCUGUUCCAGCAAACUGUUUCAGAGCUCAGAAAUUACACAUUUCUAGAGAGAGAAAGUUCUUGUUUUCUCUCUCUCUCUCUCUCUCUCUCUAUAUAUAUAUAUAUAUAUUCCAUCCACAAUGUCGGCUUGCGGAGACGAUGAUCCUCGCAUCCAUGGCAUCAAAUCUAAAAUCCGUGUUGUCCCUAAUUUCCCCAAGCCAGGGAUUAUGUUUCAAGACAUCACUACAUUGUUGCUCGAUCCAAAAGCCUUCAAGGACACAAUCGAUUUAUUCGUCGAGCGCUACAAAGCCAAAAAUAUUUCAGUAGUUGCAGGUAUAGAGGCUCGGGGAUUUAUAUUUGGCCCUCCCAUUGCAUUGGCCAUAGGAGCAAAAUUUGUCCCUUUGAGAAAACCAAGGAAGCUGCCUGCCAAAGUUAUUUCAGAAAAAUAUAUCUUGGAAUAUGGAACGGACUGUCUAGAGAUGCAUGUUGGAGCUGUUGAACCUGAUGAACGAGCUUUGGUGGUCGAUGAUUUAAUUGCUACUGGUGGAACCCUUUGUGCAGCAAUGAAUUUAUUGGGAUCUAUUUACUUGAAUAUGUCUUUUCUCAGAACGUGCUCGGGCUGAAGUUGUUGAAUGCGCAUGUGUAAUUGAGUUACCAGAUUUAAAGGGCCGUGAGAGAUUGAACGGAAAACCAUUAUAUGUACUUGUGGAGUCUCACUAGUACAUACACCUUCAGACGAUACUAUUAUUCUGUCGCCGUGCUGCAGCAUGAUAAAAUGUACAUUAGAGGGGCUAUUGUUUGUUGGCUUUUAUCUCGUCUUCAUUAUUUUCCCCAUUUCUUCGAGUAUUCGAAUUUUGAGUAACCUUGGUGGUGCCUUUUUCCUUUCUAGUGUAGGAACACCAAAUACAUGCGAAAGGGGUUGUUGAGCAAUGCUCGUAGGAGUAACUCAUUUCGUGAAACAACGGAAUUGUAUUACCUAUUUUAAGUUUGUUAUUGAGUGGGCUGCUCAAGUAGCCUUUGUUGCAUAUGGAUUGUGAGUGUUAUUUAUUUAUUUAAUUUAAUUAUUAUUAUUUCACAAUCAUUAGAAAGCGAAUGGGGAAGCAGAAAUUGUAUUCGAAUUCAGGCAUCACAGGCACACACAAGGGCUUCUGUUUUGUUUCUGAAUCAUUCUGUGAAUAGUCUGCACUAUUGCUUUUUGGUGGUAAA